GUUCCCUAAGGUUUCUUAACGUAGGAGCAGAGACAGCCUCAAGAAAUGUUAGAAGCAAUCACUGCACACUUGGGAGCGAUUAGGUCCCUUGAAAUGAAUUUGACUGUGGCCCAAAUGUUUGGAGUGCCCCUGUUUUUGCGUGGAACUUCCCAGAGUCGUCGAUUUUUAAUAUUAUUUUAUUGCCUAAUCUUUUGGACCUUGUUUAAUUUUUUCUAUUUGUAUUUUGAAGUUUUGGAUUUGGGUCUGAUCACGACUAACUUCAACCAAAUCGCGCAGAACAUUUGCUUGACCUUUACUCAUUUUGGUGGUAAUAUCAAGUUCUUGAAUAUUAUGUAUAAAUUCCAUAAUGUGAAAAUCAUUGUUGAGGAAAUGCUGGAGCUCCCGUCUUUAUACGUCCGUGACGAGAAGCACCAAAAGAUAUUCAGAGCCAGCGAGAUUGAGAAUAAAUUGAUUGUUAUCGUUUAUUCGACCAUAGUGUUGUCCACGGCAUUUCUUGGAAUCGGAACAUUGAUCAAAGAUCCCACAAUCGGAGGCAAUAUUUUCCCAUACAGAUCCUUUCUACCAGGAUUCUUGCCACAAAUUCUACGGAUUGCGUACUGGUCGACAGGAGUCACCAUGCUCUCGAUUCAAAUUGUAGCAAUAGAUUGCCUGAACGUGAAUCUGAUCAAUCAAAUUCGAUUACAUUUGAAGCUCCUGAAUCUGAACUUAUCUGAAUUGGUAUCGUCAAAGCAGUCGUCAAAGGACGCUUUUAACAUUUUAAAAAAUUGCAUCAAACACCACCAGAUAAUUUUACGGCUGAGAAACGAAAUUGAAAGUAUCUUCAAAUAUCCAGUUUUGGUCCAAUUUUCGGUUUCAUUACUAAUUUUCGUCAUGACCGGAUUCCAGGCAAUUGUAUUGACUGGAGCAGAUGGAAUAAUACUCGUUUAUUUUUACUGUGCAUGCAUCACCUGCCAGUUGUUCUCGUACUGCUGGUUUGCUAAUCAGGUUAUGGAGGAGAAUAAGCUUCUGGUGAUUGCUGGAUAUAACACCUCCUGGUUUGAUUUUGGAAGCAGAUAUUCAAAAAUUCUAAUAAUUUUCAUGAUCAAUGCUCAGCAACCAUUAACGUUCACGGUCGGCGGAUUUUUCAAUCUUUCCUUAAACGGUUUUACUGGGAUAUUAAGCCGAUCGUAUUCUUCAAUAGCGGUGCUGCGUCAAAUGUACGCCAAAUAAUCCAUGGCGUUGCAACUGCAAGUUAUACAGCACAGUAGAAAUAUUCUAGAAGCAAAUUAAUAAUUUACUUGCUUAUUGACAGGGUAUUUGGGAUGAACUACUUGAAUAUCUUUUAAGCACAAGAUUAUUUGCAAACUGGAUCAGUCGAACCGCGUACAAUAACUCAGAUUCAAAAAGCAUCACAAGGUUCAUAUUAUCGAUAUAAAUUUCGGAAAACUUUCAAUAGUUUUUAUCACAAAAUAUAAUUGAUCAUAAUUGUAGCUAUUGUCUAGAUAUAUGUAUAGAAUUUAAAUUGAAAUUUGUCUAUUGGAGUAUACAUGUAUGUAUCUAAAGCUUAAACAUUCGCACAACACACAUUUUGUAAUCACUUUAUCAAAAAUAAAAGCAUUGCAAAAAAAAUUGU